AUGCGCUCUCUCACGCGCGCUUUUACGCGCACUCUCACGCGCUCUCUCACGCGCGUUCUCACGCGCUCUCUCCUGCGCUCUUUGACGCACUCGCGCACACGCUCUCUCACGCUCUCUAACGCACUCUCACGCGCUCCCUCACGCGCACUCCUUCGCACAUUCUCUCUCUCUCUCUCUCUCUCUCUCUCUCUCUCUCUCUCUCUCUCUCUCUCUCUCUCUCUCUCUCUCUCUCUCAUGCGCUCUCUCGCGCGCUCUCUUGCGCGCUCUCUCACUUGCUCUCUCGCUCGCACUCUCACUCGCCCUCUCACGCGCUCUCUCACGCGCACUCUCGCGCUCUCUCACAUGCUCUCUCACGCAAUCUCUCAUGGGCUCUCACGCAUUCGGUCGCACUCCCUCUCGCGCACUCUCUUGCGCAUUCUCUCUCUCACGCGCUCUCUCACUCUCACGUGCUCUCUCACGUACUCUCUCACGCACUCUCUCACGCACUCUCUCACGCGCACUCUCAUGGGCUCUCACGCACUCCCUCACGUGCUCUCUCUCGCGCACUCUCUUGCGCAUUCCCUCGGUCACGCGCUCUUUCUCGCGCACUCCCACGCGCCUCUUACGCGCACUCCCACACGCUCUCUUACGCGCUCCCUCACGCGCUCUCUCACGCGCUCUCUCACGCGCACUCUCACGCGCACUCGCUCUCUCACGCGCUCCCUCGCGCGCUCUCUCACGUGCUCUUUGAUGCAAUCUCUUACGCGGUCCUUCACGCGCUCUCGCACGCUCUCUCACGCACUCUCUCACGCACUCUCUCACGCGCUCUCUGACACGUGCUCUCUCACGCGCUCUCUCACGCUCUCUCUCUCGCGCACUCUCUUGCGCAUUCCCUCGGUCACACGCUUUUUCUCGCGCACUCCCACGCGCCUCUUACGCGCACUCCCACGCGCUCUCUUACGCGCUCCCUCACGCGCUCUCGCAUGCGCUCUCUCACGCGCUCUCUCACGCGCACUCUCACGCGCACUCGCUCUCUCACGUGCUCCCUCACGCGCUCUCUCACGUGCUCUUUGA